GGAGAGAAUAAGUAAAAACAAAGUUUCAGCUUUAAAUUGUAUAUAAAUGAAGCGCUGAUCGCUGCUUUAUUCAAAUGCAUUAAGUUACUCUAACGAUACGUGCAAAAUAAAAUGGCAAAAUCACUUGGUUUAGUGUUUCUGUGCGUUUAUUUAUCGCUACAGCUCGUUGCAGCCUUUCCCUAUCAAAAUUCUUUGAAUAGCGUCGGGGAAGAUGACUUGAAACUCAGUGGAAUACAACACAGCAAAGCCAUCAAAUCAGUGGAGGAUGACUUUCGUAAAUCGCUACAGCCCGUUUUGGCCAGUACGCUCGACAUACUAGAAGAACAUUCCAAUACACUCAUAUUGGAGUCGGCCAACUUUCUGGAUGAUCUACUAGUCGAACUAAACACACUACCCGAGGACAAUGAAUACGUGCAAGAGCUUAUAACAGAACUGACAAGCCUACUGGAUCGUAUGGAGAAACUUAAUUUACACGACGAAUCAACACCGGCAUUACACGAGAAAGCGGCCGUUUUACUGGAUAUCGCCAAGGUAUAUUCAAACUUUGACCGCAUAUCGAAGCUCACUGAUGACAGUGGUGAGGAGGCGGUGCUGAAAGAAGUCUUCCAAAAAUUAGGACCAAACAGCCUCAAUGAGCGCAUUAAUAAAUCUGUACAGAGGGCGGUGGAUAAAUUCACAGCAAUAUAUGCGCCUUUCUGGAAUUCGCUAAGCGAUGUGCAAAAAGAGGAGCAUGCGAACCUGGCCGACUGGUACGAACGCUUCCAAGAUACUGCGUCGUCUCAGGCGCAAAUGAGAAGUUUCAUUGAAUUUCUAAACAUUAUACGCGAUAUAGUGAUGCCGAACGUGAAUUAAGCGAAAAUGUGAAAUUAAAAAGAAAAUAUAUUCGCAUUCCCUUUUUUUUGUAGAAUAAAGUGUACAAACAAUUUUAUUAAACCGAAUAAAUUUAUUAUUUAUUUAA